AUGAAGUUCUUCGCCGUUCUUGCAUCCCUCGUCGCUGUCGCCUCGGCGCAGUCGGUCUCAUUCACUACGCCGAGGUCGGGUGGCACGCUGACGCGGGGUGCGCCCACGACGAUCGUCGUGCAGCGCCCGGUGACUUCGACGCCUGUCCAAUCAGUGUCCAUUGUCAUCUCUCUUGACGCCUGCACUGGCUCGUCUUGCCCGAACCCAUCGUCGGCCCUUGGCACCAUCCUCUUCGCAGGUCCAUUCACCCCGGCCGGAUCGCCGCCGUCUCAGUCGUUCAACGUGACUAUCCCGACGACAUUCCCUGCCGGCGAGGCUGAAAUCCUGGCGACCCACUUCUCGCUCACUGGGACGGGCCCUACUGCGUCCACCGAGAUCGAUGGCGAAAUCAUCUUCGUGCGUUGA